AUGGAUCACUCAAUCGGCGGUCGCCCCUUCAACACCCGAGGUGAGAAAGAUCUUGCAUACAGGCUGUUCAUAGAGCUUCUUUCAUAUCAAUUGGCCUCCCCAGUGCGCUGGAUCGAGACGCAGGAUGAGCUUCUUAAAGCCAAGAAAGCCAUCCGGCGGUUCAUCGAAAUUGGCCCUCGCACCACUCUGGCGAACAUGGCAAGAAAAUCCGCGGCCAUUCACCACACUUUUCAUGCUCCGUCUCAAUGGGCGCAUUUGCAGUUUCUUUCGUACAUGGACGAUAAGGCCGCGAUAAUGUACGAGUAUCAGAAGAGAGAACCGUCAGAGGAACCCAUGGAACAUGUCGCAUUGUCAUCCGGUGUAGAUGUUCAAAAGCCAGUGACGCACAUUUCCGAAGCGAGUCCCGUAGCAUUACCUGCUGCUACGCCUUUUACGAGUUAUACCCCAGGCAAAGCUGUCACACUAUCAGCAAGACAUAUCACUCUAGCGAUGACCGCACAGAAGCUGCGACGACCGUUUGACCGAGUCCCAAUGGCCAAGACUAUUCGAGAUUUAUCUGGAGGUAUGUCAGGAAAAUCGACAUUGCAGAAUGAAUUGACGGGGGAUUUGGUAGCUGAAUUCGGGCGAGUCCCAGAAGGGGUAGAAGAUAUGGCUUUGGCAGCUCUAGGGGAAGCACUGCAGGGUGGCUUUUCAGGCAAGCCCGGUAAGCAGAUGUCAAUACUAAUCUCCAAGUUCAUGUCGAGCAAGUUGCCUGCAGGUUUCAACCAGGGCGCCAUGCAGGACUUCCUGAAGUUGAAAUGGGGGCUAGACAAGGCGCAGUCGAUUAUCCUCAUUUGCUUCGCUACCACUGUGGAGCCAGCAGCUCGUCUCACGAGUGCGGAUGAGGUUCGUUCGUACUUGGAUAGUCUCGUUGAGCAAUACUCCGCUUUUGAAGGCGUUGCAUUUGUUCCCACCAACGGACAGUGCAGCUCCGUAAACAACUCGUCAACGAGUGGCAUGAUAAGCUCUGUUCACUACGCAUCCCUCAAAAACGAGCAUAGGAACCUUUAUCGCAAACAGUACGAGGCCUUGGCAUCGUACCUAAAGCCAGACGAGCAGGCAUCUGAAGGAGAGCCAGUACAGCUCGAGAGUCGCGUACAGGCCAUGGAAAAUCAGCUGCAGCAGUGGAACGCGGAGAUGGACGAACAAUUUUUAGAAUGCGUCAAACCGAUGUUUGACCUCAAUAAAGCACGGCAGUACAGUUCAUGGUGGAACUGGGUUAGGUUGGACCUUUUCCGAUGGCUGAACGAGACUUACAGCAGGCAUUUUGAUGUGAGAUUAUUGAGCAUCGAUGAUCGGCUUCGUCGGAUAUUCAAUCGCUGGGAGCCGAGCUGCACAGAGAUCGUUACAGCCCAAUUGGAUACACUCUGGCCGAAGCGGAGAGUUCCUUCGGAAAUACCACAGAUGAGUGAAAGACAUUCAGUCCUACAUGAGAUAUUGCGUCUCGGCGCAAAGUCGCAGAUGGCAAAUCCCGUUUUUGCCCACACGAAGCCACCCAUGGGCCCUAGGACAAUGAUCUCAGCAUCCGGAAAACGGAAAUACGAAGAAAUACCUCGCAACGUUCGUACGUACCCCGAUGUUGUUCGCCAAGGGCGCGCAUCAACCACAGCCAGCCUGACGCCGAUCCCGUUCGUUCACUUGAGAAGGCGGCGAGGUGGUGAAGACUGGGUUUAUGAUUCCACGGCAACUGAGAUCUUCCAUACGGCGCUAGACGCGGGAGUCACGACCGGGUUCACAUAUGCAGGCAAAUCAGUUCUGGUAACAGGGGCGGGACCUGAUUCGAUCGGCGCAAAUGUGGUUCAAGGACUUUUAGCUGGAGGCGCCAAAGUGAUCGUGACCACAAGCCGCGCCGUUUCCAGCAGUGCGACAUUCUAUCAGAAUGUUUUCAGAAGACAUGGCUCUCGAGGGUCGUCUUUGACCCUACUUCCUUUCAAUCAAGCAAGCAAGAAAGACUGCGAGGCACUGAUCCAAUACAUCUACAGUUCAGAAUCCCCUGUAGGCGGCGAUCUUGAUUAUAUUGUGCCAUUCGCAGCGAUUCCGCAAGCAGGGGAGCUAGAUUCCUUAGGUAGUCGGCAGGAAGUUGCACUCAGAGCAAUGCUGGUCAACAUAUUGCGACUGAUUGGAUUUGUACGGCGCGAAAAGGAAAAGCGGCGCGUCGACACCAGGCCAACUAUGGUGAUACUACCCAUGUCCUGCAACGAGGGCACGUUUGGUGGGGAUGGUCUGUACGCCGAAUCCAAGAUCGGACUGAAGACCUUGUUCAACCGCUUUCACUCCGAAACAUGGUCGGCGUACAUCAAUAUCUGCGGAGCAGUCAUCGGAUGGACUCGAGGCACUGGCUUGAUGCGCUCGUCAAAUGCACUAUCGGCUGAAGUAGAGAAGAUCGGAGUGAUCACUUUCACGCAAGCUGAAAUGGCGUUGAACAUCCUGGCAUUGCUAACGCCUAGUGUGACCAUCCUUGCGGAAGAGGCGCCUGUGUAUGCUGACCUGACUGGCGGACUGGGUUCCAUGUGGAAUAUCAAAGAGCAGAUAGCCUCCUGUCGGAGAAAGUUGGAUAGUGAGCAUCAGCUUCUGGUCGCUUUAAUGCAAGAAGAUGUUCAUCACCAGGCUGCCAUUCAUGGCAAGCAGACGCGGCAUCAACAAAGAGAACCGCUCAUCAAGAGGAAGCGUGCUAAUCUUGGAGUCGGAUUUCCUUCUCUGACAAGUCAUCACGACAUGACCUCCGAGUUGCCUAACCUCCUGGGUAUGGUAGACCUCUCACGCACUGUGGUGGUGGUCGGAUUCUCGGAAUUGGGGCCAUGGGGGAACUCUCACACAAGGUGGGAGAUGGAAUCGCAAGGCCAUUUCUCACUGGAGGGAUACAUCGAGAUGGCUUGGAUAAUGGGACUUAUAACACAUGUUGAUGGUGAUCUGGAAGGCCAGCCGUAUGUUGGCUGGAUCGACGCAAAGUCGCGUCAGCCCAUUCAGGACGAAGACAUUCCGUCAAAAUACAGCGAGAGUAUCUUGAAUGGCACCGGUCUGAGAUUGAUCGAACCCACCGACUUCGACGAUUAUGACCCAUCGAAGAAGGAGUUCAUGCAAGAAGUAGCCAUCGAAGAUGACCUUCCGCCCUUUGAAAGCUCGAAGUCGGCAGCCGAGGCCUUCAAAUUGCGGCAUGGUGACAAAGUGGCUAUACAAGCCAUUCCAGGAACUGAAGAUUAUCGGGUUUUUGUCAAGAAAGGGGCAACUUUGAUGAUUCCAAAAGUCAUUCCUUUUGGUCAGACCGUCGGGGGACGUGUCCCAAGGGGGUGGGAUCCUUUGCGGUACGGCAUUCCUGACGACAUCGUGCAUCAAGUUGAUCGAACGACUCUUUAUGCGCUAUGCUGCGUUGCGGAGGCGUUCCUGUCCGCCGGAAUCAAGGAUCCAUACGAAGUUUACCAGCACAUCCAUCCAUCAGAAUUGACUAAUUGCCUCGGUACCGGGGGUGGCCCUGGUAAAAUCAUUCAGUCUAUGUAUCGUGACCGUUAUCUUGAUCGUGCAGUACGAGGCGACAUCAUUCUUGAUCAUUUUCACAACACCAUGGGUGCGUGGAUCAACAUGUUAUUGUUGUCUGCAACUGGACCUCUUAAGACUCCAGUCGGUGCUUGUGCCACUGCCCUUGAGUCUCUGGAUAUAGGUUGCGAGACGAUCAUGGCAGGAAAAUGCAAGAUGGCUCUGGUUGGAGGAUGUGAUGAUUAUUGCGAAGAGGUGGCAUACGAGUUCGCGAGCAUCAAAGCCACAGCCAAUAGCGCUGAAGAGCAUGCCAAAGGUCGACUGCCAAGCGAGAUUUCGCGACCGACGGCAAGUUCACGCAGCGGCUUUGCUGAGUCUGCUGGCUGCGGCAUCCAGUUACUCGUCAGCGCCGACGUUGCGCUGAACAUGGGCUUGCCGAUCUAUGGUGUGGUAGCCUACAACCAGCUUGCAAGUGAUCAGAUCGGCCGGUCAAUACCGGCACCGGGCAAGGGCAUUCUGACUGCGGCGCGCGAAAGGGUAGGAGCGCAAAGCUCACCAUUACUCGACUUCGAUUUUCGACGCUCAAACUUCGAUGAAGAAGUGGCUUGCAUCCAGAAGCAUCAUCUAGGCCAAAGCUCGACAAAGGACGAUCCGCCGAGCAAAGAUGCGGAGCUAUGGCCUGGGCAAGCUGACAUCGAGGGAAGCAUGAAUUUGAGAAUUCGAGACGCGCAGCAGCGAUGGGCGAAUAAUAUUCGCCUGCAAGACCCCACGAUCUCUCCCAUGCGGGCAGCUUUGGCUACAUGGGGCCUGAAUAUCGACGAUAUAGAAGUCGUGUCAAUGCAUGGAACAUCAACCAAAGCCAAUGAGAUCAACGAGGGGGACGUGAUUAACACUCAGAUGCAACACAUGGGUAGGCGUAAGGGCAACCCACUGCUCUGCGUCUGUCAAAAAUCACUUACCGGUCAUCCCAAGGCAGCUGCAGGUGCCUGGCAACUCAAUGGCUGUAUGCAAAUGUUUCGAGACGGGAUUGUUCCCGGCAAUCGCAAUGCCGAUGACAUCGAUGAGCAAUUGCGAAAAUAUGCGCAUCUGGUAUACCCAAUGGAGUCAAUUCCAGUUUCUGGGGUGAAAGCAACUAUGCUCACAUCGUUUGGCUUUGGCCAAAAAGGCGCGAUCAACGUCAUGGUUGCGCCAAGGUAUCUGUUUGCGUCUGUUUCGUCCGAUAUCUUUGAGAGAUAUCGCACUCAGGUAACCAAACGACAGCGAGUAGCAAACAGAGAAUAUGUUUCACGGUUGAUGAGGAAUAUGCUAGUUCAAGUCAAGACCAGUACACCGUGGAAGGACAGCGAUGUCAUGCGUGAUGUUUUUCUCAACCAAAACAGUCGCCUCGCCAGAGACCAGUCUGGAUUCAUUGAUGGCACCACGACAAGAGAUCACAAUGUCUCCGAAAGGAGUAAUAUCCAUUUGGAGUCAGCGACCGAGAGGGCAAACACGGUAUCAGCCACUGUCCAAUCCAUGGUUGAAGCCGUAACUCGACGUUCCAAGCCAACUUCAUCAGUCACCAUCGGAGUCGAUGUCGAGGAGAUUGCAAGCAUCAACAUCGAGAACGAGAACUUCAUUGAGCGCAAUUUCACGUGGAGAGAGCGCGAGUACUGUCAAAAGGCGCCGAGUCCCCGUGCUUCUUAUGCGGGACGUUGGAGCGCUAAAGAAGCAGUCUUCAAGAGUCUGCAAACACCGUCCCGAGGAGCAGGAGCUGCAAUGAAUGAGAUUGAGAUUCUCAGUACGGAAGGUAUGCUGAGCGUGAUGCUUCAUGGCAACGCUCAUGCUGUUGCUGCAUCCAAGGGUAUCAAAGACAUUGAAGUAACAAUUAGUCAUACCUCAGAUACCGUCGUUGCUGUGGCGCUGGCCACAGGGUAG